AUGCUUGAUCUAUUUACCAUUUUAACCAAGGGCGGCAUAGUUCUUUGGUCAAAGAACUUUGCUCGGUUUGCUGCUUCACCAGUUGCUUAUCAAAAAAUUCUUCAACUUGCUUACAUUGACGAGUUACUUGCCACCGUAAGGAAGUUCUUUUGCGACAAAUUCGCGCAAAUCAUUCGUGAUACUGGAAAAUUGCAUUUAUUUCCUUUCGACGAUGAUUUCGAUAUGAUUUUGAGAACUUUUGAGGAAAGAGGAUUUGAAGAAAAGCGAUCUAAACCAAGAAAAUUCGAAGAAACCAAAAAGUACAAGGCAACCGUGGAAGGUUCAAAAAAACUUGAGGCUAAAGAUAUUGUUCAGCAAUCGAAUGUCCCGGCAAUAGAUGAAGAAGAAAUUGCGCGUAAAGUUGAAGCAUUGCGUGCUAAGGGCGGCGCAGGUGGUAAGUCAGCGCGAAUGAGAAGAAGUCGUGGUAAAUCACCUCCCGCGACCGAAAACAACGGAACAAAGCCAAAGAAAGUUAUGCGUAAAUGGGAUGACCAGUUGACGAAAGAGCAGGAGAAAAGUUUGAAUUACUCUGAUGAAAAAGGGGAAGGUGACGGCACCUUGCCGGUUACCCAAACGUUGGUUGAUAAGAGUCAAAUGGGGCAUCGUGAUCGUAAUGGUAAUUAUGAAGUGCAGGACUUGGGUGGGAAUGAAGACGUAGAUUAUGAAGACGAAGAUGAGGAAUUCCAUACCAAUGGACUUUCUCACAAAGGGAAAGAAAAUGGGAAUGGUAUGUUCUCAUUUUUCAAAAGCAUUACUGGACAAAAAGAACUUGGUGAAAAAGAUCUUGAGCCUGUGUUAGCGAAUAUGAGAGAGCAUUUGAUCAAGAAAAAUGUCGCAUCGGAUAUCGCAUCACAUUUAUGUGACUCUGUCGCGAAAAAUCUUGUUGGUCAAAAAUUGGGUAGUUUCAAGAGCGUGCAAUCAACUGUAAAACAAAGUAUGGAGGUUGCGUUGAAACGUAUUCUCACGCCGAAGACAUCAGUUGACUUGCUUCGUGAUAUUGGGCAAGCUCAAGCCGAAUCACGUCCUUAUACGAUGUGCUUCAUUGGAGUGAACGGAGUUGGCAAAUCUACAAAUUUGUCCAAGACCUGUUUCUGGUUAUUGCAAAACGGAUUGAAGGUUUUAAUUGCCGCCUGUGAUACUUUUCGAUCAGGAGCUGUCGAGCAAUUGAGAGUUCACGUAAGGAACUUGAAUGCAUUGGGACAAAAUUCUUCCGUAGAAUUGUAUGAACGUGGUUAUGGAAAGGAUGCGGCUGGGAUUGCGAAAGACGCCAUCAAUUAUGCGAAGGCAAAUAAGUUUGAUGUUGUCUUGAUCGACACGGCUGGGCGUAUGCAAGAUAAUGAACCAUUGAUGCGUGCUCUGUCUAAGCUAGUAUCGGUUAAUAAUCCAGACAAAAUUAUAUUUGUCGGAGAAGCUCUCGUGGGAAAUGAAGCGGUUGAUCAAUUAACUAAAUUUAAUCAGGCCCUUAAAGACUUCUCUGGACUCCAAAAUCCAAGACAUAUUGACGGAAUUAUUUUGACAAAGUUUGAUACUAUUGAUGACAAGGUCGGUGCGGCUUUGUCUAUGGCUUAUAUAACUGGUCAGCCCAUCCUCUUUGUUGGUACUGGGCAAACUUAUACUGAUCUAAAGAAUAUGCGUGUUGAACACGUAGUAAACUCGUUGCUUAAAGAUUGA